AUGGAACCUUCACAAGAAUUUAAAAUUGUCACUCUUGGUGAAGGACGAGUCGGCAAAACCUCGCUUACACUCAAAGCCGCACGCGGACAGUUCCAUGAAGAUGAAAGAUCUACAGUAAACGCGAAUUUUCUUCAAAAAGACAUCACAUUCCAAGGUAACCAAAUAAGACUGCAUCUAUGGGACACAGCUGGCCAAGAACGUUUCCGCGCUUUAGCCCCAAACUAUUAUAGAGGCGCUAAAGGUGCUAUCGUUGUAUAUGACAUUACUGACAAAUCGUCCUUUGACCGUGUAGUUUCCUGGGUGAAAGAACUCUCGAUGCAAGCUGAUAAAGACAUUUGUAUAGUCAUAGCUGGCAAUAAAUGUGAUAGGGAAAAAGAAAGGCAGAUUUCUAAGGCUGAAGCAAUGGAGUAUGCCAGAAAAGUUGGGGUUUUACAUUUUGAUACCAGCGCAAAAACGGGUAUGGGAGUUGAAGAAAUUUUUAGUGAGCUUGGAAGGUUGGUUUAUGAAGUGCAAAUGAAAAAAAAUCCAGGGACUGGGGAGAGAGGAUAUAAGAGCAGAAAAGGAAAGAAAAUAAUCAUUAAGAAAGAAGAAGAGGUGCAGAAAAAGAAAGAUUGCUGCUAA